UACUUACCAUAUCUUUUCCAUUCAUUCCUUGAACUGGGUCACCAUCUCUGAGAACAAUGAAUGCCUCAGACUGCAAAGCAGAGGGAGGACAUUUCAAGAGCCUUCCCCCAUUUGGGACCUGGAGGACGGCCUCUGUCAAGGACACUGGGGCAGCUGCUUACCACCCACCAUCAGAAUGCAUAUUAUGUUUUCCUUUUUCAAAUCUCUGAGAGAAGACCACUGCCUAUCAACUGAUGAGAUUAGCACUUUUGGAGAAAACUCUUGUUGGCAAAUUCGCAUACAUCACCAAGUUUUCAAAAUUUUUAAAAAGAAUGAGAGUCAGCUGUGUGAAGUCCUGCGGAAUAAGUUUGGCUGUGUCUCCACCCUGGUCUCGCCAGCUGUGGAAGUUAACAGCCGCUCCCCACAGGUCUUCUGGAAAUGGCUCACCCCACAGCUCAAGUUAUCAGUCUGGAAAGAUGACCUCACCACCCACGCUGUGGACGCCGUGGUAAACGCAGCCAAUGAAGAUCUUAAUCAUGGGGGAGGCCUGGCUAUGGCCUUGGUGAAAGCUGGUGGCCAUGAAAUUCAAGAUCAGAGCUUCAGAUUUGUUGCUGCGUAUGGUAAAGUACCAGCUGGAGAGAUAGCCAUCACUGGUUCAGGGAAGCUACCCUGCCAACUGAUCAUCCAUGCCGUUGGGCCUCGGUGGACCAACAAGGAUGCACAGGGUUGCAUUAAUAAGCUGCAGAGGGCCAUUUUGAAUAUUCUAGAUUAUGUCAGCAUUAGAAACCCAAAAUUUGAGUCUGUGGCAAUUCCAGCCCUGAGCUCUGGGAUUUUCCAGUUCCCUCUCGAAUUGUGUGUACGUACCAUUGUAGAAACUAUCAAUUUUUACUUCCAAAAGAAUCAACCAGACUGUAACCUGAAAGAAAUUCACCUGGUGAGCAAUGAGGAUCCUACUGUUGCUGCCUUUAAAUGUGCUGCAGAAAACAUCCUGGGGAAGAAUGAGCUGGGGUGCUGUGGGACAGAAGGAAUGCCUCCUCCUUUGGAUAGGAAACUCCUGACUUGCAAGAACCUGACUCUUGAGAUUGUCCAGAAGGGCAUAGAAGAGCAGACGACAGAUGUAAUUGUUAAUUCUGUAAGCCUACCUAAUCUUACAAAUGGAGCGGUGUCAAAAGCAAUUCUACAAAAGGCAGGAGAUGAAAUACAAUUAGAAUUUGACAAAGAGAUUAAACAGCGUAAGAAGUCCCAGGCAGUAGUGGUCACAAAAGGAUUUGAAUUGUUUUGUCAAUAUGUAUUCCAUGUAGUCUGGAAUGAAAGAAAAUGUGAAGAUCAGGUGAAACGAGCAAUGAAAACCUGUUUGGAAAAAUGCCUUGAGCUAAACGUAACUUCCAUUUCCUUUCCUGUGCUUGGAAACAGAAAGUUUUCUAUGGACAAGGCUGCAGUGGCUAAGAUUAUGUUUGAUGAAGUUGUAAAAUUUGCCAAAGACAAAUGGAAAAAACAGUUAACUGUAAAGUUUGUCAUUUUUCCAGGCGAACUGGAUACAUAUAAGGCUUUCACAACUGAAAUGACAGAGACGAACAAGAUGUUGGGACUCAGUUACCAGGUGCCCAAGUGGACAGUACCUGAGGCAAAAUAUCCUACUAUGGAUCUAAUGGGACGCAACAGUGAGCAGAUGUGUGAAGCCCAGGCAUGGAUCCUGAAGAUGAAGACCCUGUGGGACCACCACAUCAUUGAGAACAAUCAUAUUUUUUACCUUGGGAAGAAGGAAUAUGACAUUUUGUCUCAACUUCAAGAAAACACAGGUGUCUCCAUCUGUGAGAUUCUCAAUCCAGGAAGAGCAUGUUUGGAGAUUAAAGGAGCCCAGGCUGAUCUCAUCCAGGGGAUCAUGAACAUUGAACACAUGCUGUGUGAAGUCCAGGAGGAAGUGGCGAGAAAAAAGGAGCAAGCCCUGUGGAGCUUAUUGGGACAGUGGACUGGCCAACAACCAACAAUCCAGGAGGAAAAGAAAGAAAAAAUCAGAUUUAUGAGAUAUGAGGUGACUUUACCUGAAGACCAAAAGAAAGAGUUUCAAAAAUGUGGUUUGCAGGUGAUAAAGGUGGAGAAGAUUGAUAAUUCACUUCUCCUGGCUGCCUUCCAAAAUACGAAGAAGAUGAUGGAAGAGAGAAAGCACAAGGAUCCCGUGAGCCACAGGUUGUUUCAGCAAGUCCCAAGGCAGUUCUGUGAUCUGAUCUGCAGAGUUGGCUUUCACAGAAUGUAUUCUGUGCCCAGGGAUCCCACAUAUGGAGCUGGUAUAUACUUCACCAGAAAACUCAGAACCCUAGCAGACCAAGCCAAGAAUAUCCCUGCCAAAGACAAACUGAUCUAUAUUUUUGAAGCUGAAGUACUCACAGGCUCCUUCUGCCAGGGUAAGCGGUGUCAUGUCGUCCCCCCACCACUGAGUCCCGGAGACAUCAACAGUCAUGACAGCGUGGUUGACAGUGUCUCCGACCCUGACACUUUUGUGAUUUUUAGUGGAACACAGGCCAUGCCUCUGUUUUUGUGGACUUGCACACAGACGUAUGUGCCGCACCAGAAUUAUUCAUCGGGACCAGUGAUGCUCUUGUCCCCGCAGCCUUGGGGGAGACCUGCAAGUGGCAGCUCUGUUGAUUGAUCUCCAUAUCAUCAUUUUAAGCAUCGGAAAGCCCUUGUUUUUUCAGGCAAAGAAUUAACCAAAGACCACCAAUGACUCAAACAGUGAUUUGAUUUAUGGAAAAUAUCCUAUGAUGGAACCUUAAGGGAAUGAUUAUAUAUAUGAUAACUCUUUUCUAAAAUAAUAGCAUCGUCAAAAUAAAACAAGGUAGACAGGUAUAGUUGCCUUGUGAGAGGCUUGCAGGUUAAUUACUUCCUCUACUAAUAGCAUAGAUAUGAAUCAGCAUGAAAAUUCAUGCAAUUUAAUUUGGUUAUUUAAAGAAGUAGACAAAAA